ACUGUUGAUUUUCUGCCACGUAGCCCUACGAAUUGUUCCUUCUUGAACAAUUUUUCAUCUUCGACCCGCGAAUUGAAAAUGUAUAUAGAUUAACCGUUGAUCUUCCCUUCCUGCUUCGUAUUGGUACCCAUCCUUCAUCUUCGACCCGUGACACAAGGUGGGUUUUUAUGAGAUUUGGACAUCUCGAUCGAAAUGGCGCAUCUAGGCGGUGGUGCGGAAGCGCACGCCAGACACAAGCAGUACGAGUAUCGAGCCAACUCGAGUUUGGUCCUGACCACCGACUCUCGACCACGAGACACCCACGAACCCACCGGGGAGCCCGAGUCUCUUUGGGGCAAGAUCGAUCCCAAGAGCUUCGGCGAUAGGGCCUUCCGUGGGAAACCCCCUGAACUGGACGAGAAGCUUCAGAAAGCCAAGAGGAAGAAGAAGGAACGUGACCCGCUUGCCGAACCCCAACCUGGCCGCCAGAGCAAGCGGCGCCGCCUUCAAGAAGAGAGCGUAUUGACUUCAUCCGAGGAAGGUGUAUACCAGCCGAAGACGAAGGAGACGAGAGCUGCGUAUGAGGCUAUGCUGAGUGUCAUUCAACAGCAGUUGGGUGGUCAGCCUCUCAGUAUUGUUAGUGGUGCCGCCGAUGAGAUCUUGGCUGUCCUUAAGAAUGAGACAUUUAAGAACCCUGACAAGAAGAAGGAGAUUGAGAAGCUUCUGAAUCCGAUUCCCAACCCAGUUUUUGAUCAGUUGGUUUCAAUCGGGAGGCUUAUCACGGACUUUCAAGAUGGGGGUGAUGCAGCUGGACCUGCUGCUGCCAAUGGUGAUGAUGCUCUUGACGACGAUGUGGGUGUGGCAGUCGAGUUUGAGGAGAAUGAGGAGGAUGAUGAGGAGAGUGAUCUUGAUAUGGUCCAGGAGGAUGAAGAGGAGGACGAUGAUGUGGUUGAAGCCAAUGGUGCUGGGGGUAUGCAAAUGGGGGGUGGGAUUGAUGAUGACGAUGAUAUGCGAGAAGCAAAUGAGAGUAUGAGCCUUAAUGCUCUGAGCAUUGGUGCUUAUUGGCUUCAGGGGAAGAUCUCUGAAGCAUUUGAAAAGCAGAUUGAUCCGCAACAGUGCCAGAAGCUUGCAGAAGAGGUCCUUAAUAUACUUGCUGAAGGUGAUGACAGGGAAGUUGAGUCAAAGCUGUUGGUGCUUCUCCAAUUUGAUAAGUUUAACCUUAUUAAGUUUCUGUUGAGGAAUCGAUUGAAGAUUGUGUGGUGUACCCGGUUGGCAAGGGCUGAAGACGAUGAACAGAAGAAGAAGAUCGAGGAGGAGAUGCUGGGUUUGGGUCCAGAAUUGGAGGCAAUUGUUGAUCAGUUGCAUGCCACAAGGGCUAGUGCAAAAGAAAGGCAAAAGAACUUGGAGAAGAGUAUUCGAGAAGAGGCUCGCCGGUUGAAGGAUGAGAGCGGUGGAGAUGGGGACAGAGGUAGGAUAGGGCUUGUUGAUAGGGAUGCAGACAGUGGUUGGGGCCAGCGGCAGUUGCUUGAUCUUGACAGUAUUGCUUUUGAACAAGGUGGUCGUUUGGUGGCGGCAAAAAAGAUUGAGCUUCCUGAUGGGUCUUACAGGCAUUCUAGCAAGGGAUAUGAAGAAAUUCAUGUGCCCGCAUUGAAGCCAAAACCAUUUGAUCCAAGUGAGAAACUUAUAAAAAUAUCUGACAUGCCAGACUGGGCACAGCCAGCUUUCAAAGGAAUGAAGGAGUUGAACAGGGUACAGAGUAGAGUCUAUGAGACUGCCCUUUUUAAAGCUGACAACAUCCUCUUAUGUGCUCCCACUGGUGCAGGGAAAACUAAUGUUGCAGUGCUCACCAUACUUCAGCAAAUAGCAUUGAACAGGAAUUCGGAUGGUUCAUUCAACCACAGUAAUUAUAAGAUUGUAUAUGUUGCGCCUAUGAAAGCUCUUGUCGCUGAAGUGGUCGGCAAUUUGUCCAAUCGAUUGCAGUAUUAUGAUGUCAAGGUCAGGGAGCUUAGUGGAGACCAGUCACUUACUCGUCAACAAAUUGAAGAAACUCAAAUUAUUGUCACAACUCCCGAGAAGUGGGAUAUCAUUACCAGGAAGUCAGGUGAUCGAACUUAUACACAGCUUGUGAAGCUUCUUAUCAUUGAUGAGAUUCAUCUCCUUCACGAUAACAGAGGACCUGUGCUUGAAAGUAUUGUCGCUAGAACUGUUAGGCAGAUUGAAACUACAAAAGAGCAUAUUCGGUUGGUUGGGUUGUCUGCUACACUCCCUAACUAUGAAGAUGUGGCUUUGUUCUUACGGGUUGAUCUGGAAAAAGGAUUAUACCACUUUGACAAUAGUUACAGACCUGUACCUCUUUCCCAACAGUAUAUUGGAAUUACAGUAAAGAAGCCACUGCAGAGGUUCCAGUUGAUGAAUGAUGUCUGUUAUGAAAAGGUAAUGGGUGUAGCAGGAAAACAUCAAAUCCUUAUUUUUGUCCACUCGAGGAAAGAAACAGCCAAAACAGCUCGUGCCAUACGAGAUACUGCUCUUGCUAACGAUACUCUUGGUAGAUUUUUGAAAGAGGACAGUGCAAGCCGUGAGAUUCUCCAUACUCAUACAGAUCUGGUCAAGAGCAAUGAACUUAAAGACCUUCUGCCAUAUGGUUUCGCUAUUCAUCAUGCUGGGUUGGCAAGGGCUGAUCGCCAGCUUGUUGAGGAGCUAUUUGGUGAUGGGCAUGUGCAAGUUUUGGUUUCUACUGCAACUCUUGCUUGGGGUGUGAAUUUGCCUGCUCACACCGUUAUCAUCAAAGGGACCCAAAUUUACAAUCCAGAAAAGGGUGCAUGGACCGAACUAAGUCCUCUGGAUGUCAUGCAGAUGCUGGGUCGUGCAGGAAGGCCCCAGUAUGAUUCAUAUGGGGAGGGCAUAAUCAUUACUGGUCAUAGUGAACUACAAUAUUAUCUCUCUCUAAUGAAUCAGCAGCUUCCUAUUGAAAGUCAGUUUGUGUCCAAAUUGGCUGACCAAUUGAAUGCAGAAAUUGUUCUUGGAACUGUUCAGAAUGCUAGAGAAGCCUCCAAUUGGAUUGGGUACACUUACUUGUAUGUCCGCAUGUUGCGUAAUCCUACACUUUAUGGUUUAGCACCUGAUGUUCUCACGAGAGAUAUAACAUUGGAGGAGAGGAGGGCUGAUUUGAUCCAUUCUGCUGCAACCAUACUGGACAAAAAUAAUUUGGUUAAGUACGAUAGAAAAAGCGGAUAUUUCCAGGUCACGGACUUGGGUCGCAUUGCUAGUUACUAUUAUAUAACGCAUGGGACGAUAUCAACGUACAAUGAGCAUCUGAAGCCCACUAUGGGAGAUAUUGAGCUUUGUCGGUUGUUUUCACUUAGUGAAGAAUUCAAAUAUGUUACCGUGCGGCAGGAUGAGAAGAUGGAGCUGGCAAAGCUUUUGGAUCGUGUUCCGAUUCCCAUAAAGGAAAGCUUGGAAGAGCCUAGUGCCAAGAUUAAUGUUUUGCUGCAAGCAUAUAUUUCACAGUUGAAGCUUGAAGGCCUUUCAUUAACAUCUGACAUGGUGUUCAUUACUCAGAGUGCGGGACGUCUUAUGCGAGCUCUUUUUGAGAUAGUUUUGAAACGUGGAUGGGCACAAUUGGCUGAGAAAGCUUUGAACUUGUGCAAAAUGGUUAACAGGAGGAUGUGGAGUGUCCAAACACCACUUCGCCAAUUCAAUGGAAUCCAAAAUGAUCUUUUGAUGAAGUUAGAGAAGAAGGAUUUGGCCUGGGAAAGGUAUUAUGACCUUUCGUCUCAGGAAAUAGGGGAGCUUAUUCGCAUCCCAAAGAUGGGAAGGUUGCUCCAUAAAUUCGUCCACCAAUUCCCCAAACUUAACCUAGCAGCACAUGUUCAGCCAAUUACUCGCACUGUUUUGAGGGUUGAGCUGACAAUAACACCAGACUUUCAGUGGGAGGACAAAGUUCAUGGAUAUGUGGAGCCAUUUUGGGUGAUUGUGGAGGAUAAUGAUGGUGAAUAUAUUCUUCAUCAUGAAUAUUUCAUGCUGAAGCAGCAGUAUAUUGACGAGGAUCACACUUUGAGUUUCACGGUCCCAAUUUAUGAACCGUUGCCACCACAAUACUUCAUCCGCGUUGUGUCAGAUAGAUGGCUUGGGUCACAAACUGUUUUACCUGUUUCUUUCAGGCAUCUCAUCUUGCCAGAAAAAUAUCCUCCACCAACGGAGCUAUUGGACUUGCAACCACUGCCUGUGACUGCCUUAAGGAAUCCAUCAUACGAAGCUCUUUAUAAGGAUUUUAAGCAUUUUAAUCCUGUUCAGACGCAGGUAUUCACUGUUUUGUAUAACACAGAUGACAAUGUUUUAGUUGCUGCACCAACAGGGAGUGGGAAGACCAUAUGUGCAGAGUUUGCUAUCUUAAGGAAUCAUCAAAAAGGGCCUGAGAGUGUCAUGCGUGUUGUCUAUAUUGCACCCCUUGAAGCUCUGGCCAAGGAACGAUAUCGUGAUUGGGAGAGGAAGUUUGGAAAGGGUGGUCUUAAAAUGCGGGUGGUUGAAUUAACUGGGGAAACAGCUACCGAUUUGAAACUCCUUGAGAAGGGUCAGAUAAUAAUAAGUACCCCAGAGAAAUGGGAUGCUUUGUCCCGCCGCUGGAAACAAAGGAAACAUGUUCAACAGGUUAGCCUUUUCAUCAUUGAUGAACUCCAUUUAAUUGGGGGUCGAGGUGGUCCCAUAUUGGAGGUGAUUGUUUCCAGGAUGAGAUACAUUGCAAGUCAAGUUGAGGACAAGAUUCGUAUUGUGGCUCUGUCAACUUCACUUGCAAAUGCAAAGGAUCUUGGGGAAUGGAUAGGUGCUACCUCCCAUGGCCUUUUCAAUUUUCCUCCUGGUGUACGUCCUGUGCCAUUGGAAAUACACAUUCAGGGAGUGGAUAUAGCUAAUUUUGAAGCGAGGAUGCAAGCUAUGACGAAACCAACAUACACUGCAAUUGUUCAACAUACCAAGAAUGGGAAGCCUGCUCUUGUUUUUGUUCCAACAAGGAAGCAUGUCCGACUCACUGCUGUGGAUCUGAUGACUUACUCUGUUGUGGAAGGAGGAGGGAAGAAGCCAUUUUUAUUGAAGACCCCUGAAGAAAUUGAACCUUUCAUUGACAAAAUUAAUGAUGAAAUGUUGAAAGCCACUUUACGAGAGGGAGUGGGCUACUUGCAUGAGGGCUUAACGAAUUUGGAUCAAGAAGUUGUGUCACAGCUGUUCGAGGCUGGGUGGAUUCAGGUUUGUGUCAUGAGCAGUUCUAUGUGUUGGGGUUUGUCAUUAUCAGCCCACUUGGUGGUUGUGAUGGGAACACAAUAUUAUGAUGGUCGGGAAAAUUCUCACACUGAUUACCCUGUUACUGAUCUGUUGCAAAUGAUGGGUCAUGCAAGUCGACCUUUAUUAGAUAAUUCUGGGAAAUGUGUCAUUCUUUGCCAUGCUCCUCGUAAAGAAUACUACAAGAAGUUCUUAUAUGAAGCAUUCCCAGUUGAAAGCCAUUUGCACCACUUUCUUCACGAUAAUUUGAAUGCAGAAGUUGUUGCUGGAAUUAUUGAGAACAAGCAAAAUGCUGUGGAUUAUCUUACAUGGACAUUUAUGUACAGGAGGCUCACACAAAAUCCCAACUAUUACAAUCUUCAGGGAGUUAGUCACAGGCACCUUUCUGAUCACUUGUCAGAGCUUGUAGAGAAUACAUUGAGUGAUUUGGAAGCAAGCAAGUGUGUUGGUAUUGAAGAUGAUAUGGACCUUUCUCCUUCGAAUCUUGGCUUGAUAGCAUCAUAUUAUUACAUCAGUUACACUACCAUAGAGCGUUUCAGUUCUUCUUUGACUUCCAAAACGAAGAUGAAGGGUCUUCUGGAGAUCCUGGCUUCAGCUUCAGAGUAUGCACAAAUUCCAAUACGACCUGGGGAGGAAGAAGCAGUUCGGAGGUUGAUUAAUCACCAGAGGUUUUCAUUUGAAAAUCCCAAAUGCACGGACCCGCAUGUGAAAGCAAAUGCGCUUCUUCAGGCCCACUUUGCAAGGCAAACUCUGGGUGGGAACCUAUCAUCAGACCAGCGAGAAGUGCUUCUUUCUGCGACUAGAUUGCUUCAGGCAAUGGUUGAUGUUAUUUCGAGCAAUGGCUGGCUGAACCUUGCUCUUCUUGCUAUGGAAGUCUGCCAAAUGGUGACACAGGGCAUGUGGGAGCGUGAUUCUAUGCUUCUACAGCUUCCACACUUCACAAAGGAGUUGGCCAAGAGAUGCCAAGAAAACCCUGGCAAGAGUGUAGAGACCGUAUUUGAUUUGGUGGAGAUGGAAGAUGAUGAGAGGCGUGAGCUACUGCAGAUGUCGGAUGAACAGUUGCUGGAUAUUGCGAGGUUUUGCAACCGUUUUCCCAACAUCGAUAUGACCUAUGAAGUGCUGGAUAGUGACAAGGCGAGGGCUGGGAGGGAUAUGAUGCUGCAAGUCACUCUUGAGCGGGAUCUUGAGGGAAGGACAGAGGUGGGACCUGUUGAUGCUCCCAGGUACCCCAAGGCCAAAGAAGAAGGAUGGUGGCUUGUCGUUGGCGAUACCAAAACUAACCAGUUGCUUGCCAUCAAGAGGGUUUCCUUGCAAAGGAAAUCAAAGGUUAAGCUUGAAUUUACCCCUGCAGACGCUGGAAAGAAGACGUAUACACUCUAUUUCAUGUGCGAUUCAUAUCUGGGUUGUGACCAGGAGUAUACCUUCACUAUCGAUGUCAAAAAAGCAGCAGGCCCCGAUGAAGACAGUGGGGAAGAGUAAAGAGCCUACUCUUUUUUAUUUGCUUUUGUUCCAUUGUAAUUUAUGUUCUCUGCUGUCUUUAACAGUAUGUGAUAAUGCAUGAGCUAAAAGUACUUCUCUUUAACAUUGUUUAUAACGUUUGUUCUAAAAGAACCUUGCAGAUUUUGAAGAAAUUCGAUGCAAUCUGUUAAGAGUUUUUUCUGUUA